AUGGAUGAGGGCAUAGUUGUAGCUGACACUGCCCAUCAGUCUGAAGCCCACGUUUCUCCUCGAGACACUGUCCAGGACAGCACUCUAGCCGUUGUAGCUGACACUACCCAUCAGCGCGAAGCCCACGUUUCUCCUCGAGGCAGUCCUGUAGAGAUGGAUGAGCACACUGAAGGCUCUCCCGUGAUCUCCGAAGAGGUGGAUGAGGACAGUGAAGACUCUUCCGUGAGCUCCGAUACAGCAGAAAGGGAAGAUGACAAGGAAGGUGGUAACCGUAACCCCGAUACAACAGACAUUGAAGACUCUUCCGUGAGAUCCGAUACAGAAGAAAAGGAAGAUGACAAGGAAAAGGCUCAGGAAGGUGGUAAGAAGAGUGCUGAUAAGAAUAUUGCUGAUACAAUAGCAAGGACACCAGCAAGGAAACGUUGCUGGAAUAGGAGUGCUGAUAAGAAUACUGCUGAUAAGAAUACAACAGUAAUGACACCAAAAGAGAGACAUGACAAGAGGAAGAGGAACUUUUCCGCCAAAGCGGUGUCUCCCGUUACUUUUGGGGUAAAGGAAUUAUUGCCUGCUACAGACUGUGAGGAGAUCUGUAAACUUCUCAAAGAGAAAUACAAUGGUGAUGAAGUGUUAAAUUUGGGUGGGACUAUCAUGACGGGGGCUCAGCUGCUGAAGUGUAUAGAGGAUCCUAAGAGUGCCCCGAAUCUUCUGGGUGUUUUUGUUGAAUGCCUCAAGCAGGAUGAUAACAAGAACGGCAAUAAUAAUAAAAGAAUAAUUAUCCAACCACAACAUCAGUUGGAUGAAGAAUUUGUGCAAGUGAUUAAGAAAGAGAUCGGGAGCAGCAAAAAAGAUGGAGGGUAGAGCAGAGAUUCCUAUUUUGUGCUAUCACUGAAGAAGAUCCUAACACUCAAAAACAAGAAGGCAUAAUUCUUUUCCUCGAUAGUGAGCAAAAAACCCAGGUCACUGCCUUGCAUGCCAAUGAUAAUAAGAUAAGCGGUGGUCAGAUUAAGACCAU